UGCUUGGCAUACCAUGAGGAGUUGACAGACCUCUCUGCACUUUUUUAACAUACAAAAAGUUCGAAAGAACGGAUAUUCAGAGAACCCAAAGUCCAACGAGUCUUCACUGGACAUUGAAGAAACAUCUGAUAUUGGUGCAAAUAUCAGUGCUGGACGAUUCGUCUUUUUAAGGAGCAUCUAGGAUUCCAAUCAAUCUUCUACGGACACAAUUUGGCCUCAAAAAACCCUUCUAAGGGUACACUUUAGGAACAGCUUCAGUAAACUUAUACAACUUAUUGAAUGGAGGAUCCAAUGUCAGAAAUGUCCAUGAUUCCUUUCAUGUCACCAACAGAGUCUUCCAGGAGCAACUCUACCUAUGACAGUCAAGAGGGUAAAAGUCUUGCUCCGGGCAAGGUCCUGAACUCAGGACUACUCUGUAAAGUGUGUUCUGAUACCAGCAGCGGGAAACACUAUGGAAUAUAUGCUUGCAAUGGCUGCAGUGGCUUUUUUAAGCGUAGUGUGAGACGCAGACUCAUCUACAGAUGUCAAGCCAGUACAGGUAUGUGUCCAGUGGAUAAAGCCCAUCGUAAUCAAUGCCAGGCAUGUCGCUUAAAGAAAUGCCUUCAAGCUGGCAUGAACAAGGAUGCUGUCCAGAAUGAGCGUCAGCCCCGUAGUACCGCUCAAGUCAGGUUAGAUGCUCUGGAUGUGGACAAAGACCAGGAGCACCUUGCCACCACGCUGGAGCCCACCUCCUCCUCCACAUGCUCCAUAAUCAACCGCCCACUGCUGGGCUCCUCCAUCAGCUCCAGUGUCAGCUCCAUUGACAUCAACCAGCACUCCAGCAGCCCCAAGAAUGGGCAUCGCUUCAUGGCAAGUCUCAUGACGGCUGAGACCUGCGCCAAGCUGGAGCCAGAGGAUGUCGAUGAGAACAUUGACGUUACCAGUGAUGAACCCGAGAGGAGUUCUCCGGACUACAGCAGCGCUCUUUACCCCAAACAUGGUCCAGAAAGUGUGUACGAGACAUCUGCUCGUCUGCUGUUCAUGUCUGUGAAAUGGGCCAAGAACCUGCCAGUGUUUUCCCACCUACCUUUCAGAGACCAGGUGAUUCUACUUGAGGAGGCGUGGAGUGAGCUUUUUCUUCUGUGUGCAAUUCAGUGGUCAUUACCGCUAGACAACUGCCCCCUGCUGUCCUUACCUGACCUCUCACCCCAAGGACAGGGCAAGGGCAGCCCCUCCGCCUCAGACAUGAGGGUCUUGCAAGAAGUGUUUAGCCACUUCAAGCCCCUGCAAGUGGAUCCAACUGAGUUUGCAUGCCUGAAAGCCAUUGUUUUGUUUAAACCAGAGACACCAGGACUUAAAGACCCAGAGCAGGUGGAAAAUCUACAAGAUCAGUCACAAGUGCUGCUAGCUCAACAUAUCCACACUCUUUACCCACAUCAAGUCGCCAGGUUUGGCAGACUAUUGCUUCUCCUUCCAUCCCUUCACUUUGUGAGUUCAGGGAGAAUCGAGCAGCUUUUCUUCCAGAGAACCAUCGGGAACACGCCUAUGGAGAAACUCCUGUGUGAUAUGUUCAAAAACUGAAAAGCUUUUUCAAAGACACUGAUCCUAGAGGAGUGAAAUCCUCUGAUUGUAGGUGCUUUGCUUCACUGCUAUGCUAGUUAAUAUGCCAAUGAAUCUGCCAGAAUGCUGGAAAAGCGCAAAUGCAUAUACACUUGCUUCAUUUUCUCUUUAUGUCUUAUUUUAUGUCUCUUUUUAUACCCAUAACAUUGCUCAUAUGUCUAUGCAUCUCCAUUAUUUGGAAUCUCCUUUGUUUUCUUUUCCAUAAUUUUUUUUUUUGCCU